GUUCUUGGUGGAGAUCAUCGUUCAACCAAUGUUGAGAAACUGUUAUUUGUUAAUCAUACAGAAUGUGAAUGCCAAACAAAACCGAACAUUACAACUACUGUUGCUCCAACAACACCUCUUCCAACAACUACCACUACAACACUACCAACGACGACAACAUCGACGUCAAAAACAACCGAAGAACAAUUUCCCUUAGGAGACCAAAAAUAUAACAAGUGUCGUUCCUGUCCAUCGCCCUUCCAUUCACGUGAAUUGGAAGAUGGGAUUUGCAGUUGCGAUUGUUUUGAUCGCCAUAAACCUUGCAUCCGAAUCAAGAGAGGAAGAGAAGCUCUUUCGGAUGGCGAGCGGAGGUGCGUAUUAGCUGGUCACUGUCAUAUUCCCGAAUGCGAUUACGGAAGCUACGACCCGGACAGAGGCCGUUGUCCCAAAAGGCCCGAUUACGACGGUUUUAAAGGAAAUGACGGCAAAAGGCCCACUCCAAACCACAAGAAUCCUAACCACAGGUGGACUUAUUUUGAGAGAGAUUGAUCAUCAACUUCUGUAUUUACGAAACCACUUGUUUCGAGGAUCGAACUCGUUGCCUUGUGUUUACAUUUCUUACUUGAAAAAACAAUCCAGGAGGACAACCUAACUCUCAUUGCGAAUUUUUUUUUUUGUUCCAUUCGAAUACUUCAGCGAAAGUAAUUGAGCUUGAGUUUUAAUUUACAGUGGCUUCCUUAUAAGGAAAUGUACAAUAAGUGUUUAGUUCCUGUUGCCAUCCAUUUUGAGCUUUAUUCAUAAAUUAAAGUAUGGACAUCACUAUGUAGCGAUGAUGCAACAUCUAUAGUUUGUGUUCACUGUGAAUAUUUUGUGUUUUGCUAAGAGUUCAUUCACU